AUGCCACCAAAGAAACAUCAACAGCAGAGCCUGGAGGAUUUCUUGGGGACGCAACCUCAGGAUCCAAACAUGAUCCAAUCGCCAUACGGUGGUUACUUCAAAGCUAACAACAGCUACCAGCAACAACGUACUAGUGGCAAUCCAAAGCAACGUAACUGGAACCAAGGUAGCAAUUUCAAGAUCCAGAAUGCGCCACAGCAACAAGGCGGUUACCAGAACUACCAGCAGCAGCCAAGGUCGACUUACAAUCAGGCUGCCGUGACGCCAAACGUUAGCGGAACUCCAACACCAUCUACUUCGUCCGUUUCGUUGACCUCUUUGAACGACAAAUUGGGCAACUUGAAACUGACACCAAUUUCUCCUCUAAUCAGCAAGAUUACCUCAUCGGACAACAUCUCCGAGAUCAAGCAUACUAUAAAGGACAUCAUUGCGAAGUUCGCCGAUGAAACGUCUGCCCAGAUCAUCGAAUGGGAUAUUCCGGAAAUUGUAACAAGAUUGACCAAAUCUAAGAACCCAGCUUUGGUCAAGGAGGCAUCUAUGUUGCUGAUCUCCAAUCUGGCACAGCACUUCACGAACAAAUCUCCACAGGAAGCCUACUUGCUGCCUCUGUUUGAGUAUGCCCUUGACUCCAUGGCUGAAAAGGACAACACAGUAAAGCGAGCCGCACAACACGCUAUCGACGCUCUGCUGGUUGCAUUCCCCACAGAGGCGCUUACUUUCUCCGUUCUUCCAACGGUUCUGAAAUACCUAUCCUCAGGUGCCAAAUGGCAGUCGAAGAUGGCAGCUUUGAACGUUGUGGACAGAAUUAGAGAAGACGCACCAAACGAUCUGCUAGAGUUGACCUUCAAGGAAUCCGUCCCUAUUCUAACCGACGUAGCCACGGAUUUCAAACCAGAACUUGCUAAGCAAGGGCACAAGACUUUGUUGGACUACGUUUCCAUAUUGGACAACCUCGACCUGUCUCCACGUUACGAGCUGAUCGUGGACACAUUGCAAGACCCUCAAAAGGUUCCAGCUUCCGUUAAAUCUUUAUCCAGUGUUACCUUUGUCGCUGAAGUCACCGAGCCCGCUUUGGCCCUACUGGUUCCAAUCUUGAACAGAUCGUUGAAUCUGUCAUCGUCUUCUCAAGAACAGCUGAGACAAACGGUGAUCGUCGUUGAAAAUCUGACGAGACUGGUCAACAAUCGUAUCGAAAUCGCCAGCUUCGUUCCUCUUUUGCUACCAGGUAUCCAAAAAGUGGUGAACACGGCUUCUCUACCAGAAGUCCGUGAGUUGGCAGAAAAGGCGCUUAAGGUUUUAAGAGGCGACGAGGAGGAUGUGUCUGGGAACUCAAAGAAAUUCCCGGGCAGAAUGACCGUCGACGAGGGCAAAUACUUCUUAUUGCAGAACUUGAAGGAAAUUUCCGUUCAAGGGGAGUUCCCAUUGAAACUUUUCUUGAAAGAUGAAGUCGUCUUGAGCUACCUAAGCAAAUUCUUGACCGUGGAGGCUAACGUCAACGACUGGAAGAACCUACAAGAAUAUCUGACCACCAUCUUGGGCGAAGAUAACAAAGAGAUUGUCGAGAACAAGUUUGUCGCUGGUCUGAGAACCAUCUUCCACCAAGAAAAGGUAAAGCACGAUGAGAAUGAAGGUAUUGAAAUCGUCAACACUGAUUUUUCGCUUGCAUAUGGUUCAAGAAUGUUGCUGAACAAGACCACACUUCGUCUGCUAAAGGGUCAUCGUUACGGUUUGUGUGGUAGAAACGGUGCUGGUAAGUCUACAUUGAUGAGAGCCAUCAACAAUGGCCAACUUGACGGGUUCCCAGACAAGGACACCUUGAAAACUUGCUUUGUUGAACAUAAACUGCAAGGCGAAGAAGGGGAUCUGGACCUGAUAUCUUUUAUUGCUCUCGACGAAGAAUUGGAGGGCGUGUCCCGUGAUGAAAUUGCUGACGCAUUAGAAUCUGUUGGGUUUGACGAAGAAAGGAGAAGUCAGACCGUUGGGUCGCUCUCAGGUGGUUGGAAAAUGAAGCUGGAACUCGCCAGAGCAAUGUUACAAAAAGCUGACAUCUUACUUCUUGACGAACCAACCAAUCAUUUAGAUGUUGGUAAUGUCAAAUGGUUGCAAGAUUACCUGCUGGAACAUACCAACAUCACAUCCUUGAUUGUUUCACACGACUCCGGAUUUUUGGACGCUGUGUGUACUGAUAUUAUUCACUACGAGAACAAGAAAUUGGCCUAUUACAAGGGUAACUUGGCCGAUUUUGUUGAACAGAAACCAGAAGCGAAGGCCUAUUACACGUUGACUGACUCGAACGCUCAGAUGCACUUCCCACCUCCAGGUAUUCUGACCGGUGUUAAGUCCAGAACCAAGGCUGUCGCCAAGAUGACUGAUGUCACCUUCGGCUAUCCUGGCGCAACAAAGCCAUCCUUGAGCCAUGUCUCGUGUGCCUUGUCUUUGUCGUCUCGUGUUGCUAUCUUGGGUCCAAAUGGUGCUGGUAAAUCCACCUUGAUCAAACUGUUGACCGCCGAAUUGGUCCCACAGGAGGGUAAGGUCGAGAAACAUCCAAACUUGCGUAUCGGGUACAUUGCUCAGCACGCGUUGCAGCAUGUUAACGAACACAAGGAGAAGACCGCAAACCAAUACCUACAAUGGCGUUAUCAGUUUGGUGACGAUCGUGAAGUUUUGCUGAAGGAAUCGAGAAAGAUUUCAGAAGCUGAAAAGGAAAUGAUGUCAAAGGAGAUAGAUGUCGAUGAUGGGAGAGGUAAGAGAGGAAUCGAAGCUAUUGUCGGUAGACAGAAACUAAAGAAGUCCUUCCAAUACGAAAUCAAAUGGAAGUUCUGGCAACCAAAAUACAACUCGUGGGUUCCAAGAGAUCUUUUGAUUUCGGAAGGGUUCGAGAAGUUGGUCCAGAAGUUCGAUGACCACGAGGCUUCGAGAGAAGGUCUAGGUUACCGUGAGUUGACUCCUUCUGUUAUUACCAAACAUUUUGAGGGUGUUGGUCUGGAUUCGGAAAUUGCCAACCAUACUCCUUUGGGAUCUCUUUCUGGUGGUCAAUUAGUCAAGGUUGUCAUUGCUGGUGCCAUGUGGAACAACCCGCAUUUGUUGGUUUUAGAUGAACCUACCAAUUAUCUUGACAGAGAUUCUCUAGGUGCUUUGGCUAUGGCGAUUCGUGAAUGGACCGGUGGUGUUGUAAUGAUUUCGCAUAACAACGAGUUUGUUGGCGCUCUAUGCCCAGAACAAUGGAUUGUCGAAAAUGGUAAGAUGGUUCAAAAGGGUGUUGCCGCUAUCGACCAGUCUAGAUUUGAAGAUGGUGGUAGCACAACUAUUACGAACAGUACGAUUUCUCCAUCUGUUGAUGAUGAUGACUCUCCAGCUAACAUCAAGGUUAAGCAAAGAAAGAAGAAGAUGACCAGAAACGAGAAGAAGAUCCAAGCUGAGCGUCGUCGUCUUCGGUACAUCGAGUGGUUGUCCUCUCCAAAGGGCACACCUAAACCAGUUGACACCGAUGAUGAAGAUGAGGAUUGA